AUGCCUCCAAAAUGCGUUAGCUAUCCAAAGUCCGCCUUCCAUUACAAUGACAACACGUUUUACGCUGAAGCUAGCAAUGGACAACGACAUCGUCGCGCUGCCAUCGUGGAACUCAAGGCACUUUUCCAUCCUGCCGACCCCACCUCCAAGGCCGGGGCGACCAUUGACAAGGACCCUGUUGCUCACUGGUACGAGGCUCAAUUGAUGCACUACGGCCUUGUCGCCUCGAAGACCAAAGCAGUCGCCAAAUCUCGAUUGUUGGAUGCGGUGAAUGCAGCGUCGCUGAAAGUCCCAGCUGAGAUCGCCCGUUAUGAGAAGGAAUUAAAGAAAGAAUGGCAAUCGCAAACCCGCGCUGUGAAGAAAGCACCCACGACUCAGAAGGUUGCAUCUAAGUCGACGACGAAGAAGAGGGGACGCAGCGAUGACAGCAGCGCUCCGCUCCCUGCAGAAUCAUCGAAGAAGAAACAGAAACCGACAGUUCAGAUAUUAGAGCCUGCUGCCUUGAGUUCGAAGAGUGGAGCGAAGGAUAAGUCCACUGGUUCCGCCCGGCCUACGCCCACCGCGAAGCGAGGCGAAGCGUCGACUGCUGCAGCGCCUCGUCUGCGCCAGACCGCGAGACGAGGCACAGGUCGCGUCGCCCGGGGCGGAACCUCGCAGAGAGCCACAACCACGCCGAGUCUGCCAAACGCGUCUGAAACAACGGCGGGACGACCGAAGCAAACGGCUAGACGUGGGGCGGAUUCCGACGGCUACGGCUACGACGACGAUUCCAUUCCACAGGAUUCGGACAGCGAUCCAGAGGUCGAUGGGCCGCUCGGCAUGAUCAAUGGAACAUACUACCUCCACUGCCCGGAUCUCGAUCAGUGGAGUCAGUAUAAUGCGGACGAGUUUACGCUAAGUCUUUGUCUCGCAGGGACCUUUGUCUGGGGCGCGUACGAUUUCGGUGCAUAUUCGGGCAUCUUGUGCAUCCCCCGGCGACCGUAUGAAGCGUCUGAUGAGAAAUUCGAGUUCACUUGGCGAGGGCGAGAGAACGGAGAGGGGGUGAUGUCAUUUGGGCCAGGGAAUCACGGUUGGAUCCGGUUUCUGAGGGACGGUAGGAUUGAGGGGAAGAUUAACUGCUACGGUAAUGCUCACUUCGAAGGAGAGAAAGGGGACGAGCCCGAAAGAAGCUUUCGUGAUAUGAAAAACGAGUGGGACGGGUACAAUGAGGAUAACUACAACUACGAGAACCGGGCUCGAUGGGGAGGAGGCGGGUGGUGA